AUGACUUCUACCACCGACGACACUCCUUACUUUCAAUAUCAGCCUAUCGAGCAAGUUGAAAGGCUAGAGAGUCGCUACAAAGUGAUAGACAAGCUGGGACAUGGGACGUUCUCUACAAUCUGGCUUUCACGAGAUGAGCAAAAGACAGCCUAUGUGGCUGUCAAGGUUAGCACCGGAGAUGCUUCUACUCACGAAGCAAAGAUACUAGGUAUGCUCAAGGAUCGCUGCCUGGUCCAUCCUAACGGUCGUCCCUUAAUCCCCGUCAUCCUGGACGAAUUCCAGAUUGAGGGCCCAAAUGGGCAUCAUAAAUGCAUUAUCACAGCACCCGCUCAGAGCAGUGUAUCCGCAGCAUUAUUCUGUUGCUACUUUCAAAUAGAGACGACUCGUGUCUUAAAUGCUGAACUGGCCCUGGCUGUUGCAUUUGUUCAUGCUCAAGGCUUUGUUCACGGAGAUAUCCAUCUUGGAAAUAUCCUGUUAAACCUACCUACUAGCCUUGACAAGCUGUCAGUCCAGGACUUCUAUGAGCAGUUCGGUGAGCCCUAUACGGAACCAGUUGUGCGACUCGAUGGACAGCCUCUUCCUCCGGGCGUCCCUACUUGUGGGACUUUGCCAGCCUGGUUAGGGAAGCGAGCAAAAGAUAUUCUGCCGUUUGAGGCCCAGCUCCUCCUUAGCGACUUCGGCGAGAGCUUCUGCCCUCUCGACCCUGAGCAGCGGCGACGUGGGCAAGACUGUCCCUCGCCGCUUCCAGUCAUACCGCCUGAAGCCUACUUUGAACCAGACAAGCCUCUUUCAUUUCCCUCGGACAUCUGGAGUCUUGCAUGUGCUAUGUACCCCUUAUUUGGCCUGCGAUGGCUAUUUGAUGCCACACUCGCCACUCAACAUGACAUAGCCUCUCAACAAGUAGAUACCAUUGGAGAUAUUCCGCUUGAUUGGUGGAAUACAUGGGAGAAGCGCCAUGAGUAUUUUGAGGAGAUCGAAAGGCCUAACAAAGAUCGGUAUGUCUGGCCAUCUCUUGAGCAAAGAUUCGAGAAGGACAUACAGGCCGCACGACAGAGGGAUAAUGUGUCUUCUUUCGAUAACGAGGAGAAGGUGGCCAUUCUGAGCAUGCUUCGCUCAAUGCUGGCAAUGAGGCCUGAGAAGCGAGCAACAGCGACGGAUGUACUGAGCUCAGACUGGAUGGUGACUUGGGGAUUGCCAGCUGUGAAGAGGGCCCGUAAUAGCCGGCAAACAGGAGGUCCAUCGCUUUGCAAAAAGGCUGAUGCAAGGUCCUCUUUGGUUGAACUAGCUAGCUCAGUAGCUCUUGAGCGCACCUAUUCCUAA